AUGAAGAAACGCCUCGCGGAACACUAUUUCGAGUGUGGCGUGGUGAAGACGGCGCUGAAUAUCUUCCAGGAGCUCCAAUUGUUCGACAACGUCGUGAACUGCCUCGAAAUCAUCGGCCGCAAGGACGAAGCCCUGCAGCUCGUUAACCGCGUGCGAGAGAAGGGCGAAACGCCCUACCUGCUGUGUCGAAUCGGAGAACUGGAGAAAAACCCGCGGUUAUUGGAGCGCGCGUGGGAACUGUCCAAUCAUCGCUUUGGGCGUGCGAAGCGCAUGCUGGGGAACUUCUACUACGACCAGAACGAUUUUUCUGCGUGCAUUCCGCACUAUAAGGAGGCUCUGGCGAUGAACAUGAUGUACCCGACCAUCUGGUUCAAGUGUGGCGUGGCGACCAUGCGCACGGGCGACUUCGCCUCGGCGAUCACGUGCUUCUCCACGCUGCUACGGCUCAACCCCGAGUUCGGAGAAGGCUGGUCGAAUCUUGCGGGAAUCCUCAUGAAAGUCGGCAAAAUGCGCGAAGCCUACGAGGCCGCGCGGCAGAGCAUCCGCUUCCUCCGCGAGAACUGGCGCGUCUGGGACAACUACGUCACGAUUAGCGUGCGAUCGGACCGCGUCUUUCAUGUAGAUGGCCAUGGGCGAAUUCGCCUCCGUCAUCGAAGGUCUCUCCACCAUGCUCGCCAUCACACACAAGAGCGAAAUGCCGCUCGACUACGCGCUCCUCGCACGCCUCACGCGCGGCGUUCUCCACUGGACCGAACCGGCAACCGCGGGAAUCGAGACCGUCUCCCCGGAGACCGGCGAGGAGGAGGCCGUCGAGCUUUCCCCCGUGGUUCUCGGCGAGUUGGAGGAGCUCGAGCAGCUCGAGCAGCUCGAGGCUCCCGAGACUGGAGAAACUGGAGAAACUGGAGAAACGGAGAAGGAUCGCGGGACACGGGAGUUUUUGGUGAAGAAACUGUCGGGAUUGUUCGAUGA